AUGGUUAAAGUCAACUUAGAAAACGUCAAACUAUACGCUGAGAUUGAUUCCACACCCCAAUUUUCUUCUAAAACGACAAUUGCAGAUAUUUUAACUAAAGACGCUCUUGAAUUUAUCGUUCUAUUACACCGAACCUUCAAUUCUAAACGUAUUGAAUUAUUGAAAAAUAGAGAGCUAAUUCAAUCAGAACUAAAUUCAAAUGAAUAUCAAUUUGAUUUUUUACCAGAGACGCAAAAAAUUAGGGACGAUCCAACUUGGCAAGGUGCCAUUCCAGCACCAGGAUUGAUUAAUAGGUCUUCUGAAAUUACAGGUCCUCCAUUAAGAAACAUGUUAGUUAAUGCAUUGAAUUCAGAAGUCAACACUUACAUGGUUGAUUUCGAAGAUUCUUCUUCGCCAACUUGGGAAAACAUGAUUUAUGGUCAAGUUAAUCUAUACGAUGCUAUCAGAAAUCAAAUCGAUUUUAUUACUCCAAGAAAACAAUACAAAUUGAAAGAUCAUAUUUCCAAAUUACCAACGAUAAUAGUUAGACCACGUGGUUGGCAUAUGGUUGAAAAACAUCUUUACGUGGAUGAUGAACCAAUUAGUGCAUCGAUUUUUGAUUUCGGAUUAUUUUUUUAUCAUAAUGCUAAGGAGUUAAUUGAAAUUGGUAGAGGCCCUUAUUUUUAUUUACCCAAGAUGGAACAUCACUUAGAAGUUAAAUUAUGGAAUGAUAUUUUUUGUGUUGCUCAAGAUUAUAUCGGUAUGAAACGUGGUACUAUAAGAGCUACUGUGUUGAUCGAAACUUUACCAGCUGCUUUCCAAAUGGAAGAAAUCAUUUAUCAAAUUAGACAACAUUCAAGUGGGUUGAAUUGUGGACGUUGGGAUUAUAUUUUUUCAACUAUCAAAAAACUAAGAAAUAAAUCAGAACAUGUCUUACCGAAUAGAGAUCAAGUUACAAUGACAUCACCAUUUAUGGAUGCUUACGUUAAGAGAUUAAUCAAUACAUGUCAUCGUAGAGGGGUUCAUGCAAUGGGUGGGAUGGCAGCCCAAAUUCCAAUUAAAGAUGAUCCAAUUGCGAAUGCUAAAGCUAUGGAAAAGGUUCAUAAUGAUAAAUGGAGGGAAAUGACCAACGGUCAUGAUGGUUCUUGGGUUGCUCACCCUGCGUUAGCACCAAUAUGUAAUGAAGUGUUUAGUAAUAUGGGUACAGCAAACCAAAUUUAUCGUAUUCCAGAAGUUACUAUUGUUGCUAAAGAUUUGUUGAAUACCGACAUUAAAGGUGCUGAAGUCACUACAAAGGGUAUUAGAGAUAAUCUAGAUAUCGGAUUACAAUAUAUGGAAGCUUGGUUAAGAGGUUCAGGGUGUGUUCCUAUCAACCAUUUAAUGGAAGAUGCGGCCACCGCAGAGGUCUCACGUUGUCAAUUGUAUCAAUGGGUUAAACAUAAUGUGAUUUUAAAGGACACAGGGAAACCUAUCACUUCUGAUUUAACUAGUACCAUAUUGGCUGAAGAAGUUGAAAAACUAUCCGCAUCAAGUCCAGUGGGGGUUGCAAAUAAAUUCUCUUUAGCAGCUAAGUACUUUUUACCCGAAAUAACAGGCGAAAUAUUUAGUGAUUUCCUGACCACUUUGUUAUACGAUGAAAUUAUCACCCCAACUCAGUCGCCAGUUGAUCUAAGCAAAUUGCAAUGA